AUGAAAUUCGGAAAAGAAUUUUCGUCACAGAUGGUGCCUGAGUGGCUACAAGCUUACGUGAACUACAAGUAUCUCAAAACCCUUAUCAAAGAUAUCAACCGCUUCAAACGCAAAACCAGUUCUUCAACCGUGGUCGACAUGGAGGAAGGAAUAACGACGGCGCCGAUUCAAGUGAGUUCUACGGCGAGUGACCGCUACGAGACGACGUUUUUGAUGACGGAGGAGAAAGGAGGAGAAUAUGAAUUGGUGUUUUUCCGGCGACUAGACGACGAAUUCAACAAAGUGGAGAAAUUCUAUAGAGAGAAAGUGGAGGAAGUGAUGAAAGAAGCUGUGAUGCUUAACAAACAGAUGGAUGCUCUAAUCGCGUUUCGAUUCAAGAUGGAGGAGCGUUCGCCGGCGGAGCUCAUCGAAUAUACACCUCGUAAGGGAAUGGAGGCCAUAGAGGAAGGAGGGUCAAGUAGAGCUGGUCGAUCCGAUGAAGAUGACAAUAACGUAGAAGAAGAAAUAUAUAACGAUACAUUUCUCAAACCGGCCAAUAUUGACAUGAGCAAGAUGAAAGCUGCGAGUCCGGCUCCAGUCAAGGUUCUAGGUUCCGUCAAGAUCAACAACACGAAGAAAACGCCUCGAUCCACCGUUAAGAGCGUUCUCAAAAUCUCCAACGGGACAGAGCUCAGAUUCAGCAUUGGUAAUCUGAGGAAAAUCGAGGAGAAGCUAAGCAGUGCCUUGGUCGAGUUUCAUCGAAAGCUUUGGUUUCUCAAAAGCUAUAGCUUUUUGAAUGUGUUGGCGCUUUCGAAGAUAUUGAAGAAGUAUGAUAAGAUAAUUUCGAGGGAUGCUGCUAAGUCUUACAUGACAAUGGUUAAUAACUCUUGCCUUGGAAGCUCUGUUGAGGUUAUGAGACUCCUGGAUCAUGUUGAAAGUACAUUCAUAAAGCAUUUCACGAAUGGUAACAGAACAAAAGGAGUGAACACCUUGCGACCAAAAGUUAAAAGAGAGAGACACCGACUUACAUUUUCAACAGGUUUCUUGGGUGGAUGCAUGUUUUCUCUCAUAGUGGCUCUUGUAGCUAUCAUUCGCACCCGAAACAUCUUACAAGAUGAAGGCCAGAAACAGUAUAUGAAUACUAUGUUCCCUCUAUAUAGCUUGUUUGGAUUCAUCGUGUUGCAUAUGACAAUGUAUGCCGCUAAUAUAUAUUUUUGGAGGCGUUAUCGAGUAAAUUAUUCCUUCAUGUUUGGAUUCAAACAAGGAACUGAACUUGGUUACAUACAAAUACUAUUCGUGGGAUUCAGUAUUGGGGCGCUUGCGCUUCUUUGUGUCCUUGCCAAUCUUGACAUGGAGGCAGACCCCAAAACCAAAGAUUACCAAGCAUUAACCGAACUUCUUCCUCUUCUCCUCCUCAUUGCUAUGUUCAUAGUUCUAAUCCUACCAUUCAACAUCUUCUACCGAUCAAGUCGCUUCUUCUUCCUCACUUGCCUAUUUCACAUCCUUGCUGCUCCUCUUUACAAGGUGACGUUUCCUGAUUCCUUCUUGGCAGAUCAAUUAUGUAGUCAAGGGCAAACUCUUCGAAGCAUCCAGUUCUACAUAUGUUACUACGCUUGGGGAGACUUUAAACAUAGGCAAAACACUUGUGGGAAGUCACAAGUCUUCAACACUUUCUUAUUCAUUGUUGCUGCCUUCCCAUUCGUUUCUCGCUUCCUUCAGUGCAUGAGGCGAGUGUUUGAAGAGAGAAACAUAGAACAAGGAUACAACAGUUUCAAGUACGUUUUGAUAGUAGUUGCUGUUUGCUUAGGGAUGGCUUAUGAAGUUGAUCGCGAAGAAAAUCGUCAAAUUAUCUGGAGAUUGUUAGGCGGUAUAACCUCGGCCAUGGCUGUGGUUUUCUGUACAUAUUGGGACUUGGUCUAUGACUGGGGACUUCUUAACCGCACAUCCAAGAAUCCCUGGCUACGUGAUGAACUCCUCCUACCAUACAAGGAAGUUUACUUCAUGGCAAUGAUAUUGAACGUGGUGCUGAGAUUUGCGUGGAUGCAGACGGUGCUAGAUUUUAAAUUUGAGUCAAUGCACACACAGACUGUGAUUGCCCUUGUUGCAAGUCUUGAGAUCAUUCGUCGUGGGAUAUGGAAUUUCUUCAGGUUAGAGAACGAACAUUUAAACAAUGUAGGGAAGUACAGAGCUUGCAAGACGGUUUCAUUACCAUUUAACUGCGACGAGGACCAAUAA